AUGCCUCAUCUCCCGGGUAACAGCAGUUCACGUGAACAGGCUGCUGUAUAUUACGCAGCGGAAUCCAUCGUCUCCAUUGCUGCCUUCCUCAUAGUUUUCAUCAUAGGUAUCCCAGGCAACGGACUGGUGAUCUGGGUAGCUGGUCUCAAAAUGAAAAGGACUGUGAACAUCGUCUGGUUCCUAAACCUUGCUGUGGCUGACUUCACGUGCUGCUUGUCCUUGCCGUUUUCCAUCAUUCAUCUGGCUCUCCACGAACACUGGCCGUACGGUUGGUUCCUCUGCAAAGUCAUUCCAUCGGUCAUAGUCUUCACCAUGUUUGCUAGCGUCUUCCUGCUCGUGGCCAUCAGCAUUGACCGCUACCUCCUCGUGACAAAACCUGUCUGGUGUCAAAAUCAUCGAACAGUGAAAUUUGUAACCCUCAUCUGUGGUGGCAUUUGGAUCCUGGCCUUCAUUUUCUGCUGCCCCGUCUUCCACUACCGCGAGACUAGCACUCACAGUGGCAAAACGGAGUGUGGGUACAAUUUUGGAGACGACCAAGGGCUGGAGUAUAUGGACGAUUCUGCCAGUGAGCUGUUGGAAGAAUACUCGCCUUCAGCCUACAACGGCAACGACUCAUGGGGAAGCCUCUACGAAGGCGCUCAUUCGGUGUCCCUGCCCUUCGUGGCAAUAAACAUCAGCAGGGCUGUCUUUGGCUUUGCGCUCCCCUUCGGCGUGAUGGCGGUUUGCUACGCCCUUAUUGCCUUCCGAACGCGCGCCAACCAGUUUCACAAGCCACGCAACAGGAUGCUGCGAACGAUUGUGCUGGUAGUAACCACUUUCUUCAUCUGCUGGGCCCCAUACCACGUUGUUGGGAUUCUGUACCUCGUACCUACCUUUGGAACGGAAGUGAGUGAGUCACUGAUCUUCUGGGAUCACCUCGCGACGUCGCUCGCCUACGCCAACAGCUGCAUCAACCCCCUGCUCUACGUUUUUGUGGGACGGGACUUCAGGGCAAAGGCACAGCAGUCGCUGCAAGGAAUCUUGGAAGGUGCCUUUACGGAGCAGCCGACACGUUCGAUCCCUUGCUCCCUUGACAGGAGCAAGACUUCAACAGAGAAGGACAUUAGCAGCACGGUGUGA